AUGUCAACAACGAUUUCAGGGUCAGAAGCCGGAAGACCGUCCUCAUCUGCGCAGGUUUACGACCAGUCAUCGAACCUAGAUAACGAUACCCGCCGGAAUCAUUCCAAUGAAUCGCUGGCUGGAGGCCUAACUGAACCAAUUUCUUUCAAGCGCAAGCAAAAGCAACCUGCGAAGUUCAGUUUUUCGCGCCUGUUUUCCAGUGAUGAACCCGAAUCUACGAUCCCUUUCCGGGCGACGAACACAAGAAACGAGCAGACGCCGGAGGUUAAUCCGUCCUUGAGCCAGCCGAGAGCGCGAAAUGCGAAUGGAAAUCUUAACGCACCAAAAGACGGGGGUUUUUUGGAUUGGUAUGUGGAAGGGCCAGGGCGCCGGGUAGGCUACGACGAUCUUACAGCCAUCGAUUGGAUCUUUGAAUAUACAAAAGAGCGACAGAGAAAGAGGCUGCUCUACUCGAGCGCGCCGGGUCUUGCAGGGUAUGCUCGCAGGUUAUUGGAGGCCAGUAACGUAUGGGUGGUUUUAAUAGCGACAGGCGUUCUCGUUGGUAUUAUUGCGGCAUGCAUUGACAUCACGAGCGACUGGCUAGGAGAUCUGAAAACGGGCUAUUGCAAGAAUGGACCAGGAGGGGGCAAGUUCUAUCUGAAUCGAAGUUUUUGUUGCUGGGGUCACGACGGUAAGGUGUUUGUUCUCAGCAGUGCUCAUCUGCAACUGACGCAGCAUAUCCAUCAGACAUAUCUGAGUGCUUGGAUUGGACACCCUGGCGUAAAGCUCUUGGAGUUCGUUCUCCCAGCGGAGGCUAUACGGUAG